AUGUUGUUUCAUAUUUGCGAAGUGACAAAAACGUCGUAUACGGUCACUGUCAAAAACUUGCAGGAAAGUAGAAAAAGGAAGUUAAAAUCGCGGCACACCGUGUGCGAAGGGCCGGGGCUUUGGGAGGGAGCCUCAGUUUCUCCGCGGCCAACCGAGUCUGGGGGCGGCGCCUGCCGCGCGGGCUCCACGGGACCCGGCACGCAGCCCGCGGCCUCGGCGGCGCCUGUCUGCGCAGGCGCACGGGGCGGGGCCAGCGCGAGGGGGCGAGGCUUCGGGCAGGAGCCGCCGCUUCUCUGCCGCCAGCCGAGAGGGCGGCCCGCGAUACCGGCGGCCCGAGGGCGGAGGCGGAGCGCGGCAGCCAUGCAGGCGGCCGAGGAGGGCGGCGCUGAAGGCCGGGGCCACCAGAGUGGCAGGGAUGGCAGGGGGGGCCGGGGCGGCCCCCGCGGCGCGGGUGCUGCUGCCGCUGCAAACGACGGGGCUCCGCAUGUCGCGCCGGCACAGCCCUCUUCGGGGCCGGGCGGAGACCCCGCGUGCACGGCCGGAAGGCCGGGAAGCCGACCACACGUAUUCGCCCUAAGCGUGCCUUUCCCGUCCACCUUGGAGGCAGAGAUCGCCCGUGGGUCCCUGGCCCCAGAUGCCGAACCACACCAAGGGGCGGUUGGGAAGGAGCUCACAGUUAGCGGCAGCAUCCUGUCGGUCCGCUGGAGAGCUGAAGAUUCCCGCCUCCUCCGAAUUUCCAUCGUCAACUUUCUUGACCAGCUUUCUCUGGUGAUACGAACCAUGCAGCGCUUUGGGCCUCCUGUUGCCCGCUAAGCCAGGACUAGGGAAAGAGGUUAAGGUCUAAACUUGUGUUCCUUCCUAGACAAUUCAGCCUUCCUAGGGCAAUGAUUUCUGCAGUUGUGGCCACUUUAUUAUGGGGGCCGCAUCUUUUGCCUCUGCUGGCCCUUGGGCGCUCACGGUUGACUUGCUUUGUUUGGUGCUUAAAUGUUUCUUAACUACUGAAAAUAAAACUGACCUAGGAUGCCCUGUCUAAGUUUAUUUUCAACUAUAGCGCCUUUAAAUAUUCUUGCCUUUGUCCAUAGAUUGGAGGGGAGGUUCUGUGAUUCAGGUAUUCAAGUAGUACAACGUAGUUGAAGACAAUUUAAGAAAUGGAAGAGGUCCUGUCUAUCAUUCAGUAUUAACUACUGUCAACAUUUUGGAAUAUUUUCUUAGUUUUAUAGUUGUAUUUAUAUAGUAAAUGUAUAACAAUAAUAAUAUUUUGCAAGUGUAGAAUCUUUCCUGAUAUUUUUCAACUAACACGAACAUUUUUCUAAAAAUUUUUGAAAAGCAGUAUUGAAUGGAUACAUAAAAGAUACAUUAUUGAAUGUUUAAAUUAUUUUCAAUUUUUCCCAUAUUAUAGGUAAUGAUUCAGUGGAAUGCUUGUAUAUAGAUCUUUGCAUGAAUGAUUGUUUUCUCAAGGUAGACUAUACGAUGUAGAAUUGCUUAAAUAUUUAAAGCUCUCAAUCUGCAGUCUGUGAAAUUGCUCUCCAGAAAAUGUACCCUCCCACAUCCUUGUCACCGCUGGUCUCCUUGGUAAAAUUGUUUUAAAACUUGGUUUGUAUGACUAGAGCAAACAACCCAGAAACACUAGAAUAGAAGCUUGGUGGCUGACUGGCUGUCUCUCAGAUCAGUAAAGAAAAAGUGCUAGGUUGUUUAAGCCUUUAGUUAGAAGGAGUUAGCUUCUUAUAAAAGAUGUAUCCUGCAGCCUUGCUAAACUCACUUAUUCUAGUAGCUCUUUUGCAGAUGCCAUUGGAUUUUCACCAUUGGUGAUCAUGUUUUCUCAGAAUAAAGGCAGUUUUGCUUCUUCCUUUCCAGUUUGCAUGCCUUUCAGUGAAGAAUUUUUCUCCUGGUUAAGGAUUGGGUUUGGCUACUUUGUAUCUCUGGUAAUUUUUUCUUCAGUGUCAGACAUUGAGCCUU